AUGUGCGGGAACUACUACGGGAACUACUAUGGGGGCUGUGGAUACGGCUCCGGCUACGGCUGUGGAUACGGCUCUGGUUAUGGCUGUGGAUACGGCUCUGGCUAUGGCUGUGGAUACGGCUCUGGCUACGGCUGUGGAUACGGCUCUGGUUAUGGCUGUGGAUACGGCUCUGGCUACGGCUGUAAAUACGGCUGUGGAUACGGCUCCGGUUAUGGCUGUGGAUACGGCUCUGGCUACGGCUGUGGCUACGGCUCUGGCUACGGCUGUGGCUGCUGUUCCUUCCGACCCUUGUGCUACAGACGAUGCUAUUCCACUUGCUGCUAG